UUAAAGGGUUCUGUGCACCUUACAUUUCAAAUAUUUAUGACUAAAUAACUACAGUGUUAAGUUAAAUUAAGUAAUAAUCUAUAAUGAUUUUUAAUUUCUAAAAUAAUUAAUAAAAAUCUCUCGUACAAUCAUUUUAUUUGUUCGAUAACCGCUGACGUUAAUCCUUAGUUAUUUAAUAUGGACAAACGUGUAAAAUUUGUUGUUUGUGCUGCUGGAAUUUUUGUAUGUUAUUUUUUUUAUGGUAUACUUCAAGAAAAAAUUACUAGAGGUACAUAUGGAACAGAUGGAGAAAAAUUUACUCACACGUUAUCUCUAGUAUUUGUUCAAUGUGUGGUAAAUUAUGCUUUUGCAAAAGUAAUUCUUCAAGCUUUUCCUGAAGAUUCGGAUACUACUAGCUCUACAUAUUACUUAAUAAGUUCACUUACAUAUUUAAUAGCUAUGGUUUUUAGCAAUAUGGCUUUACAAUGGGUUGAUUAUCCAACUCAGGUUGUUGCAAAGUCAGGUAAACCUAUACCAGUUAUGAUUUUGGGAGUUAUCUUAGGAAGAAAGUCUUAUCCAUUAAAAAAAUAUUUAUUUGUGUUGUUGGUUGUUAUUGGAGUUGCUUUAUUUAUGUUUAAAGAUGGAAAAUCUAAAACAUCUCGAUCUGAGUCUAUCCUAGGCUUAGGAGAAAUACUUCUUAUAUUGUCAUUAACAAUGGAUGGUGUUACUGGUGCUAUUCAAGAACGUAUGCGAAGCGAAUCAAAAACUAAAUCUACUCAUAUGAUGAUUAACAUGAACUUAUGGUCAAUGCUAUUUUUAGGGAUUGCUCUUAUUGUUACUGGUCAAAUAUUUGAAUUCAUUGGUUUUGUUCAACGUUAUCCACAAUUAAUUGUACACUUAAUGAUGUUUUCAAUAUUUAGUGCUUUAGGACAGUUUUUUAUAUUUUGGACUGUCAGUGAUUUUGGACCAUUACCCUGUUCUAUUGUAACAACUACCAGAAAAUUCUUUACUGUACUUGCAUCAGUAUUACUAUUUGGUAAUCCAAUGCUAACUAGACAGUGGAUUGCUACCAUUGUAGUAUUUACUGGGUUGUUUUUAGAUAGUUUUUAUGGAAAACAAACAGUUAAAACUAAAUAAUUUUUGUAAAAAUGAUAUUCAUUUUAUUACUUACAUCUUAUAUGUUCAGCAUGAAAUGUAAAAAAUAUGUAUAAUAUAUUAUAUUAAGUUAUUUUUAUAAAAUAUUGUAUGAAGUAUCAUUACUUUAAUAAAGUAAUAAUUCUUGUGUUUAGUUGACAUUUUAAUUUUAUUAAAUGUAGAAAAAUUGUUAUAUUAAUUAAUUUCUAUUAUUUAAGAGAAUAAAUAAUAUUUGUAUUCAUGACUUAUAUCUUCUCUGAUAUUUUAUUAACUAUUCUGUUUUACAGUAGCAAAUUCCUAAUAGAAUUUCAUUUGACAAGCAUUUUAUAACUUCAUUAAUUUAAAAUUUAAUUCAAACAAUAGGAAUCAAUUACUCAUGACUAAUAUCUUUUAUUUGGUAAUUAAUUCUUAUAACAUUCUAUAAAAUUAAGAAAACUAAUAUCAUCUCUAUUCUAAUUUUUUUAUGACUAUAAAUUUAUUUUACAAAUAUUAAGUGAAAUUUUUUUUUUAUGUGUUUUAAUUUAAUAUUUAUGUAUUUAUGAUAUAUUGGCCGACCCCAAGAAGUUGAAAUAAGAACGAGGAAAAAGUAGAUGUAGUUAUGAUAUAUUUAACAAAGUUAUGUCAUGUAAUUUAUAAAAAAAAUCAAUUAAGUUUAUCUAUUAUUCCUUAAUUACCAAUGUAGUAAUACCUAAGAUGUUGGUAUAAAUAUCUUUUAAAUGUUUAUUUAAAAAAAGUUUUUUGUGUCCUAAAAAUUAAUUAAUUUUUUUCUUGUUUACUAUUUAUAUAUUUUAAUUAAAUAUUAGUUGUUUUA